CCUUCUUGCCCGUUCUUCGUUGCUGAGAAAACGACUCUCGUUUCCAUCACUCUCCGCCAGCAUAGCAAAAUCUACUCCGGUCAGGUAUCCAUUUUACUAUUACUAUUACUAUUUUUAAAUUAAUCUUUACUGUUCUUUCGUUUUUACGUGUUCUUCAUUCUAUUUUUAAAUUACUCUUGCUGUUUUUGUUUUUACCUGUUCCUCAUUCUCAACUUCAUAUUCUUGAAAGACAACUACUUUUGAGCUUCUUGUUUAUUGGGUGCUGAUUUCUCUUGGUUAGGAAUGGUUCUAGUUUUUGUAUCACACUAAACUCUGCAGAAAUUUAAAUUAAAUUAAAUUUAAAUUUUAUAUAUUAACAGAAUACAAGUCUGAGUGAUUUGCUUCUGAAACGAGAGGAAAUUUGUGGGUUUGAUUUUGCGUUGGACUCUGUUUCAAAUAGUGUACUUCAACAAAAGAAAGAUAAGAACUAGGAAUGGUUUAUUACUGGGAAUGGUUUUUAUGUUGAUAUAAACAGAAUAUAGAAAUUAAGUAAUUUGCUUCUGAAAUGAGAGGAAUUGGUGGGUUCAUUUGUGCCUUUUUUUGUUUCUGGAGCUGGGACCAUAAACCAGUUAUUGGGGUUUAUGGACUAGAGACCAUCACCCCACAUGUGUGCUGUAAAGAUGUGACACUCCCUAUCGAGUUUCAUAGAAUUUGACAUUCAUGUGAUCAGUUUUUCCAAAAUUGACUCGAAUGUUCCACGCAUUUUGUCUGUAAUGUAGACCUGCUCAUUUGGUUGAAAAGUAUGGUUCAUGCAUGUGUACUCUUGGACCAGAACUUAUUUCUGUUUAUAACAUUGAUAGGUUUGAUCAGUUUUACUAGCAUGCAAAAUUCUUGAACUAAAAAUGCAGACCCUUGGAUGAUUGGUUGAUUUGGUUCAACAUGUAAGCCUGCCCUGCCCUGUCAAAACUAGUAUUUCCAUUUUCAGGUUCUUUAGGGAUUACUGGUUUGUUAUGGUAUUUGUUCAACAUUCGAUCAUAUCUUUGCCUAUGAAAAUUUGUUUGCCUAAUUUCAGGCUCUUUAGGGAUUGCUGCAACGUAAACUACACUUUUGAAAUAAUAAAAUCGAUCUGCAGAUUAAUUUUGGCUUGUGAAAUACUGGAAUAUAUGGCUCUGUUAGAACAAACUUACUUGUCUCCGUUGGAGUUAUCUGGAGUUGGGACCGGCCUCUCCAACUGGUCUUGUUUGCGGGACUAAGGAAUGAGACCAGUGUAGUUCUUAAUCUUGAAUUGUCCACAAACAUUCACAUUCACCUCUCAUCUCGUCCUAUGUUUGAAUUUAUUUUUGUGGAUGACACAAUUUCUUAAGGUAAGAUUGUCCUCUUCUGUCUAUUUGAUCAGGACUUAGUCUGCUUCGCAACUUACUUUUAAUAAUGUUUCUUGUAAUGAGUGACCAGAGUUUCACUUAAAACCAUUCCCAAGUCAAUAGUUGAACAACAUUUUAAGCCCGAUUAAUGUGUAGUCCAUAUAAUCUCAUAACUUAGUCUGUUUGGACUCUGAGUUUUCCACCAGUCUGAUACCGUUUCUUGUUCAGAAUGUAAUUGCUUAACCACAUUGGUUCUAUUCACACACCUUCUGGCUAGGAACUUACGUAGGUGCUUCUUCAGAGGAAAAAUAAGAGAAAGGUCGACCUAACUAGAGUGGGAAUCAGGUAAGUGAAAAUGAACGAUGGUCAAAUAAAGUAUCUACCUUCAAUUUGUAGAUUUACACAUGUGAUUAGUACUAUCUUUUGUUUUUUUGUUCUUCUUCUUUUUUUUUUUUUUUGAGGUUAAACCCCGUAGUAAUCAUGAAUUGACCCCAAUAACUGUUUCUUCUAUCACAUUAUUUUUUAGUGAAGAUGCAACAUUCACAGUGAUGUUUUUCAAAUUUUUUGUCAAGAGAAAGGGGCAAGGUGUUUGAUGAAAUUUCUCAAGGAGAGCGCAUUUCAUUAUUUCUUGAAUCUUCCUCAAGGGUGGAGGGGAGAUGUGUUUGAAGUCCGAGAGGUAUUUCAUCAAUUAAGAAAAGGUUGAGGAGAGCUAAGCACAUACUUUUACUGAUGUCCCCAUAGUGUCGAACUCCUGGCAGUUCUGCCACUCGUCUUUGUUGAAGUAAAUAUGUGUCAAAGUCAAGAGUCAGCCUAGAAAUCUUACUAUCUGUAUGUGACCCAAGUUUUCCAUCAUUCUAAUUUUGUUUCUUGUUUAAACUGCAAUUGCUGAACCACUUUGGUGCUAGCAAAUGGCAAUGGCUUUUACUGUAUGGUUGCUUUUGCUUUCCUUAUUGUUUCUCCUACCAGUUUCUGUGUUGUCCCAAACUAAUGGUAGCAUAGUAGUGGGUGCUUCUCUCUCUGCAGCAGGCAACUCCUCAUGGAUUUCUCCAUCUGGUGAAUUUGCUUUUGGAUUUCAGCGACUUGAAAACAAUGAUCGUUUCUUGCUUUCUAUAUGGUUUGCCAAGAUACCCGACAGAACCAUAGUUUGGUAUGCAAAUGGAGAUAGGCCUGCACCUAAGGGAUCAAUUGUGAACUUGACUGCAAACAGUGGAUUACUGCUCACAAGUCCUCAGGGUGAAGAGCUAUGGUGAUCCGGAAGCAUUGUUGGUGGUGUUGCCUACGGGUUGAUGAAUGAUGCCAGGAGGGAAGCUUUUCUCUCGACAAUCCGAAACUAACUAUGUGAGAGGACGCUUCCAGCUAACUUUGCAACAAGAUGAGAAUCCUGUGUUUAGCGCCAAAGAACCUUUUUAUUCUACUGCAACUACCACAGGGACUAUUCCAGAGGAGGAACGCCCAGCAAGGGACUACUAUCUCCGGUCAACUCUCAACUUUGAUGGGGUUUUGGCUCAAUAUUUCCUCCCAAAGCCUUAUGUUGGCAAUGUAAGUUGGAAACCUCUUUGGUCAGAGCCGCCUAAUAUUUGUCAAAAAGUUCGUUCAGGACCUGGUGUCUGUGGGGACAACAGUAUCUGCACUUUGAAAGCAGAUAAGAGGCCAACCUGUGAAUGCCCAAGAGGAUACUCUUUACUUGAUCCAAACGACCCGUACGGGACCUGCAAUCCAGAUUUCAGACAAGACUGUGACAAUGAGCUUAGUUAUUCAAAAGAUCUGUUUGAUGUUCAGGUGCUAACAAAUACUGAUUGGAAUACCUCUGGUUAUGAGCAGUUGAAUGCUUCGACUGCUGACACAUGCAGUCAAUCUUGCUUCCAAGAUUGUUUGUGUGAUGUUGCUAGUUAUAGCAAUGAAACCUGUUGGAAAAAGAAGUUACCUCUCACAUAUGGGAGAGAAGACAGUAGUCUUAAUGCAAAGACCUUCAUCAAAUUCAGGAAGGAUAAUUCAACUCCACAAGUUCCUAAGAUGCCAGGUUCAGAUAAUAAGAAGAAGAUCCGGACCACUUCGGUGCCUGUGGAAUCAAUUCUUCUGUUUACCUCCAUCUCUCUUAAUUUUAUGUUUGGUGCUGCAGUUUGUUUCAGAUUUUUCUUCCGUUUCCAGAAGAAACCUGCAAAGUUUACACACAGUGAUUUGGAAACAAAUUUGCGUUCGUUUAGUCACAAAGAGCUUGAAGAAGCUACAAAUGGAUUCAAUGAAGAAUUAGGAAAGGGUUCUUUUGGAGUUGUUUACAAAGGGAUAAUACAAGUUGGAUCAGGUGUCGAGGUGGCAGUCAAGAAGCUCAAACGUGUGAUAGAAGAUGGUGACAAGGAAUUCAAGACGGAACUUAACAUAAUUGGCAAGACACAUCACAAGAAUCUGGUUCACCUGGUUGGAUAUUGUGAUGAGGGACAGCAGCGAUUACUAGUGUAUGAAUUCUUGAGCAAUGGCACGUUAGCAAGCUUCAUUUUUGGUGAUGAGAAACCCAGUUGGAGGCAACGAAUGGAAAUUGCCUAUGGUGUUGCUAGAGGGCUUCUGUACUUGCAUGAAGAGUGCACCACCCAAAUCAUCCAUUGUGAUAUAAAGCCUCAGAACAUACUUCUGGAUGAUCAUUGCAAUGCCCGGAUCUCUGAUUUUGGCUUGGCAAAACUUAUGAUGACGAAUCAGAGCAAGACGCACACUACCAUUAAAGGGACAAAAGGGUAUGUUGCACCUGAGUGGUUUAGGAACAUGGCAAUCACUACCAAAGUUGAUGUGUAUAGCUUUGGCGUUGUACUGCUAGAGAUCAUUUGCUGCAGGAAAAGUGUUGAUAUGGAAAACAACUGUGAAGAGAAAGCAAUUUUAACUGAUUGGGUUUAUGAUUGCUACCAAGGAGGAGUAUUAGAGUUGGUUCUAGAUCACGAAGUCGAUGCCUUGGAUGGUAAAAUAAAGCUGGAAGAGACUGUCAAGAUUGCUCUUUGGUGUAUUCAAGAAGAUCCAUCUCUUCGACCCACAAUGGGGAAGGUUGUGCAGAUGCUUGAAGGAGUAGUGGAAAUACAUGUUCCACCAUGUCCAUCCCCAUAUAACAGAGCAGCCUGAAACCUAUUUAGUUUGCGUCGCUAUCAAAAAUUUACAGCAAGUACGAGCUAGAGCUUAUUGUGCUUAUUUAUCUUGUUUUUGAUUAUGUAAGUUGUACUUUUCUUUGUCCUUAAUUGAUGAUAAUCAUGAGACAUCACUAUGAUUCAUUAAGAAUAAUGUGUGUUUAGAAAACAGAGAAAUGGAAAUAACAAUGAUGGUAAUGCUUACCUAUAUAAUCUGCUAGUUCUCUGUUUCAAUUGUAAUAUUUUUGUUUGGUGUAUAAUAUCUCGCUUCCAAUGAAAGACUUAAAUAA